GCGGGAACGGAUGGCGGCCUGGGCCCGGUAGCAGCGGCGGCUCUACGGCCCGGGGCUCCGGGCCAGCGGAGGUGGCGGCUCCCGGGACCGGCCGCGCGCAAUGAUGUUGUCCACUGGGCAUGUACUGACCAAUGUGGCAGGUCUGAGAACAUAGCUGAAGCUGAAAAUAGGAAAGCUGGGGGCAAGGAAGAGCCUUGAAUCUUGAGGUGGGACGUUGACUCUAAGAUGUCCUUGAGCAGUGGAGCCUCCGGAGGGAAAGGAGUGGAUGCAAACCCGGUUGAGACAUACGACAGUGGGGAUGAAUGGGACAUUGGAGUAGGGAAUCUCAUCAUUGACCUGGACGCCGAUCUGGAAAAGGACCAGCAGAAACUGGAAAUGUCAGGCUCAAAGGAGGUGGGGAUACCGGCUCCCAAUGCUGUGGCCACACUACCAGACAACAUCAAGUUUGUGACCCCAGUACCAGGUCCUCAAGGGAAGGAAGGCAAAUCAAAAUCCAAAAGGAAUAAGAGUGGCAAAGACACUAGCAAACCCACUCCAGGGACUUCCCUGUUCACUCCAAGUGAGGGGGCAGCUAGCAAGAAAGAGGUGCAGGGACGCUCAGGAGAUGGUGCCAAUGCAGGAAGCCUGGUUGCUGCUAUUGCUCCCAAGGGCUCAGAGAAGGCGACUAAGGCAUCCCGUAGUGUAGCCGGCUCCAAAAAGGAGAAGGAGAACAGCUCAUCUAAGAGCAAGAAGGAGAGAAGCGAAGGAGUGGGGACUUGUUCAGAAAAGGAUCCUGGGGUCCUCCAGCCAGUCCCCUUGGGAGCACGGGGUGGUCAGUAUGAUGGAAGUGCAGGGGUGGAUACAGGAGCUGUGGAGCCACUUGGGAGUAUAGCUAUUGAGCCUGGGGCAGCGCUCAAUCCUUUGGGAGCUAAACCGGAGCCAGAGGAAGGGGAGAAUGAGUGUCGCCCGCUAAAGAAAGUCAAGUCUGAAAAGAUGGAGUCCCCUGUCUCUACACCAGCAGUGCUGCCGCUGCACCUUUUGGUACCAGUGGUCAGUAACGACAUCUCAUCUCCCUGUGAGCAGAUUAUGGUUCGCACCCGAUCAGUCGGGGUCAACACAUGUGAUGUGGCUCUAGCCACUGAGCCUGAAUGCCUGGGCCCCUGCGAACCUGGGACAAGCGUCAACCUCGAGGGCAUUGUGUGGCAGGAAACAGAAGACGGUAUGUUGGUGGUAAAUGUAACAUGGAGGAACAAGACAUAUGUAGGUACACUUCUUGACUGCACACGGCAUGAUUGGGCACCCCCCAGGUUCUGUGACUCCCCCACCAGUGACUUGGAAAUGCGAAACGGUCGGGGUAGAGGCAAACGCAUGCGUCCCAACAGUAACACACCUGUCAAUGAGACAGCCACAGCCUCUGACAACAAAGGGACCAGCAGCAGCAGCAAAACCCGAGCAGGAGCCAAUAGCAAAGGCCGUCGGGGCAGCCAGAAUUCUUCAGAGCAUCGCCCACCUGCCAGUAGCACCUCUGAGGAUGUCAAGGCCAGCCCUUCCUCAGUGAAUAAGCGGAAAAACAAACCCCUUUCAGACAUGGAGCUGAAUUCUAGCUCAGAGGACUCCAAAGGGAGCAAACGUGUCCGUACGAAUUCCAUGGGCUCAGCCACUGGCCCACUCCCUGGGACCAAAGUGGAAACCACUGUUCUAGACAGAAAUUGUCCCUCUCCAGUCCUGAUUGACUGUCCCCACCCGAACUGCAACAAAAAGUACAAGCACAUCAAUGGACUUAAGUACCAUCAAGCUCAUGCCCAUACAGAUGAUGACAGCAAGCCAGAAGCAGAUGGGGACAGCGAGUACGGAGAGGAGCCCGCCCUCCAUGCAGACCUCGGGGGCUGCAAUGGUGCAUCUGUCUCCCAGAAAGGUUCCUUGUCCCCUGCCCGCUCAGCUACCCCCAAAGUUCGACUCGUAGAGCCCCAUAGCCCUUCUCCUUCAAGCAAAUUCAGCACAAAAGGCCUCUGUAAGAAAAAGCUGGGUGGGGAAGGGGAAACGGACCUCGGAGCAUUAUCCAAUGAUGGCUCCGAUGAUGGACCCUCAGUAAUGGAUGAAACAAGCAAUGAUGCCUUUGAUUCUUUGGAACGGAAGUGUAUAGAGAAAGAGAAAUGUAAAAAACCCUCUAGUUUGAAACCUGAAAAGAUGCCUUCCAAGAGCUUAAAGUCAGCCCGGCCCAUUGCCCCGGCCAUCCCCCCACAACAAAUCUACACCUUCCAGACAGCCACCUUCACAGCAGCCAGCCCGGGCUCCUCCUCAGGCUUGACCACCACAGUGGUCCAAGCCAUGCCCAACAGCCCCCAACUCAAGCCCAUUCAGCCCAAGCCCACUGUGAUGGGAGAGCCUUUCACAAUCAACCCUGCCUUGACUCCAGCCAAGGACAAGAAAAAGAAAGACAAAAAAAAGAAGGAGUCUUCCAAGGAACUUGAAAAUCCUCUGACUCCUGGGAAGGUGUGUCGAGCAGAAGAAGGCAAAAGUCCAUUCAGGGAAUCCUCAGGAGAUGGGAUGAAAAUGGAGGGGCUCCUAAAUGGCUCAUCAGACCCCCACCAAAGCCGACUGGCUAGCAUCAAGGCUGAAGCCGAUAAGAUCUACAGCUUCACGGACAAUGCUCCCAGCCCAUCCAUUGGAGGCGGUAGCCGCCUAGAUAGCACCACCCCUACCCAGCCUAUGACUCCCUUACAUGUAGUGACGCAGAAUGGAGCUGAAGCCAGCUCCGUCAAAACCAACAGCCCUGCCUACUCCGACAUCUCUGAUGCUGGGGAGGACGGGGAGGGCAAAGUGGACAGUGUCAAAUCCAAGGAUCCUGAACAGUUGGUUAAAGAAGGGGCUAAGAAAACUCUUUUCCCCCCUCAGCCACAGAGCAAAGACUCGCCGUAUUACCAAGGCUUUGAGAGCUACUACUCUCCAAAUUAUGCACAGUCCAGCCCAGGGGCGCUGAACCCCAGCAGCCAGGCAGGAGUGGAAAGCCAGACCCUGAAGGCAAAAAAGGAUGAGGAGCCUGAGAGCAUAGAGGGGAAAGUGAAGAACGAUGUCUGUGAGGAAAAGAAGCCAGAGAUGAGCAGUUCCAGUCAGCAGCCCUCAGUCAUCCAGCAACGUCCCAAUAUGUACAUGCAGUCCCUGUACUACAACCAGUAUGCCUAUGUGCCCCCCUAUGGCUACAGCGACCAGAGUUACCACACCCACCUCCUAAGCACUAACACAGCUUACCGGCAGCAGUAUGAGGAACAGCAGAAGCGGCAGAGCUUGGAGCAGCAGCAGCGGGGACUGGACAAGAAGGCAGAGAUGGGCCUGAAGGAGCGGGAGGCAGCGCUCAAGGAAGAAUGGAAGCAAAAGCCGUCAAUUCCACCAACUCUCACCAAGGCCCCCAGCCUGACAGACCUGGUGAAGUCAGGACCCGGCAAGGCCAAGGAGCCGGGGGCUGACCCUGCCAAAUCAGUCAUUAUUCCCAAGUUAGAUGACCCUUCCAAACUCCCCAGCCAGGCCCCAGAAACACUUAAAGUGAAGCUGAGUGAGGCCAGCCACCUAGGCAAGGAGGCUUCUGAGGCUAAGACAGGAGCCGAGUGUGGCCGCCAGGCAGAGGUGGAUCCGAUCCUCUGGUACCGACAGGAAGCAGAGCCCCGGAUGUGGACGUAUGUUUAUCCUGCCAAGUAUUCAGACAUCAAGUCAGAAGAUGAGCGGUGGAAAGAGGAGCGGGACCGCAAAUUGAAGGAGGAAAGGAGUCGGAGUAAGGACUCUGUCCCCAAGGAGGAUGGGAAGGAAAGCACAACUAGUGACUGCAAGCUGCCCACGUCUGAGGAAUCCCGCCUUGGGAGCAAGGAGCCCCGACCAAGUGUCCAUGUGCCUGUGUCCUCCCCCCUCACCCAGCACCAGUCCUAUAUCCCCUACAUGCACGGCUACUCCUACAGCCAGUCCUAUGACCCCAACCACCCCAGCUACCGGGGCAUGCCUGCGGUGAUGAUGCAGAACUACCCAGGUUCCUACCUGCCUUCUAGCUACUCUUUCUCCCCAUAUGGCAGCAAGGUCUCAGGGGGUGAAGAUGCUGACAAGGCACGAGCCAGCCCCAGUGUCGGUUGUAAAUCCAGCUCAGAGUCCAAAGCCCUGGACAUCUUGCAGCAGCAUGCCAGCCACUACAAGAGCAAGUCUCCCACGAUCAGUGAUAAAACUCCUCAGGAGAGAGAUCGGGGAGGCUGUGGGGUGGUUGGGGGUGGUGGCAGCUGUAGCAGCAUCGGGGGAGCAGGCGCCAGUGAAAGGGGCGUAGACCGGCCCCGCACCUCCCCGUCCCAGCGCCUGAUGUCCACACACCACCACCACCACCACUUGGGGUACUCACUGCUCCCAGCACAGUACAACUUACCCUAUGCAGCAGGGCUUUCUUCUACAGCCAUUGUUGCCAGCCAGCAAGGCUCAACUCCCUCACUCUACCCACCCCCCCGGAGGUGAGAAUGAACACCAAGUGCCCGGAUAAAGUCAGCUUCACGGGCCGGAACUGGCUCACCCAAGGAGGUGAUGGAGGUGCCAUUUAGACAUCAGUUAAAUGGUGUUGAUCAUCCUGUUUGCCGUGUUCCCACCAUGACCGAAGGCAGACCCUUGGCUAUCUCGCCUCCGCCAGGCCCCCGGACUCCCCCCACCCUCCCUCUUCCUCAGGAGCUGGAGAGCUGGUACCUAGCAAAAAUAUUUAUUCUCUCGGCCACAGUCAUGACUAUUGCGGCCUUUGUGGAGAUGAAGGCAUGGGGAGCAACCAGGGGAAUGCGGCCUCAGCCCAGAGAAGUCGCUGCUCUGUUCCCCAAACCCGAGUCACCUGCCGGAGGAGUACCAACCCCCGCAGGGAGGGCCCCUCCCCCCCAGGCACUGGGUAAGGUCUGAAGACAGCACAGCAGCCAUACCCCGUUCACCAUCAUGACCACCACAACCAGACCCUGCAUCUCCCCAGCGGUUUGGGCCCUGGGAAUUGGCAGCACGUGGAGGAAUGAGAAUCUCAGGAAAGAAAUUGGGGGCUGUUUUCUCUAUAAUUGUGAAAACAAGGUCUUCAAACAUGAAGGCUUUCCCCCUCUCACAUGAGCACAUAUAAAUGCUCAGAGCCCAGCCUGGAAAGGAAGAACAAGAUGUUUGCCCCACCAAGGCCUCGGGCUGCCUGUCAGGCAGAGGGCCGGGGUCCCACCCCAGCACAGGGCUCCCCAGGGAUACUGGGAGGGAGCUGGAGCUGGAGCAUGAAUGGAGUCUGUGAAAUAGAACCUGCAUCCCCACUAAGUCCUGCUGCUUCUUAGCCAACACCUUGCCCUUUUUUCUCUUCCCCCCUGACCCCUUGGUGCCUUUCCCAGGGGGAUCCCCACACUGAUCUCUCCUCUUCUUUUCCACUGCUUGGUUCUUAAGACUCAGGCAGGUAAAAUAGUUUUCCCCAGCUGGGUAGCUUUGGAGUCUGCCAGGUCACCUGAGCGCAAGCCCAGGAGGUAGUUCUUAAGAGAUGUCCUGUCCAUUCAGCCAUCUGAGUGUCCUUCUCAUUUAGGGCCACAAACCUACACAGCCCAGUUCCUCUGUAUACAGUACAUGAUUUUAUAUAAGCUCGAUCUAUAACCCCGUGUGUGCCAAUAUGAGCCUUGUUUCUUGUAACACAGAUUUUUUUUGUUUUAGGAGCCACUGACCAUGGGAGGUUAUUUGUUCCUUAGACCCUGGGAUGACACAUCCAAGCCGUUACUCCUCUGAGCCACAGCGUGUACUCAGUGGGAGCUGUGCUUUGAGGCAGCAGACAUUUCUCUGCUCUCCUUAGAAAUGCAGGCUCCCGGCCCAAGCCCUAUGCUCUUUAUACUGGGAAUGGACGAUGAUUUGGUAGCUUUAUUGGAGUCACUUCUUCCCCAAGGUGUGGGGAGCUUUAGCUCUUACUUUGCUUUUGAGGUAUCAUCCCUUUGUUCUCCUCCUCUCCUGUCCUUGACCUUCUGGAUUGAGAGAAAGAUAAAGACUGACAGACACCAGCCUAUGCUACAGAGAGGUAUUUGUGACCAGAGUGCCAAAAGUGACCGUUAAAAGCAGGGUCUUGGCUCUGACAGUGUGGAAGUCACAGUGUGGGGCGCGGAAGUGGAGGGCAGUGAGCACAAUGCCUGGCAGAGGCUGCUUUCCACGAUACCCAGAGCUCUUCUCCAGGGAGGCGUAGGGUCAUUUGCCCAAGAGGAACCCCCCCAGACCUGUAGACCUUUCCUCUAGGUUUUAUGUUCUUGUUCAAGUUGGGUUCUGAGCCCACCCUCAGACUCACUGUUCAGGCCUCUUAGCAGGCCCCAAGCAGCCUCCCCUCUCCCUGCAUCUGCAGUCGUAGUCGGUGUGGACACCUCGCCCCACUUCGUCUGAGUCUCCUCCACCAAGAGGAUGACUCUGAAUUUCAGCCUGAGUAUGCCCUCCCACACUGCUGUGGGGUGAAGCCAAGGGCCUGUCUCUUUUCCUGUUUGUUUUUUAAGUAUCGUUGUGUUUUGUAUCUGUGGCGCUGGCUUACAGCGUGCUCUGUACAUAUUGUAAAGAAAUCGUUUGGAGUAAUUUUUUCCCGUUGGGUGGGUAUGGUCUGCAUUCCUGCCCUUUCCACUUUGUUCUAUAACACAGAGACGAGGAAAUUCCAUAUUAGCAGGGCAGCCUUGGGUUCUACAGAAGGGAACAGUGUUUUCUUUUUUUUUCCUCCCUUAAAAAACAUUUGGCUCUUGGAUCCUGCCCAGAAGAGCAGGUAAAAGCCAAUAAUGGCAGGAUGGCACUGCCUUUUCCUGAUCCCUGCCAGGUCCAAUCUCCCUUCCCUGAAACAGCACGAAGCAGCAGCAGCAGCAAUGGAGGAAAACAGAUCCCUGCCACGUGCUGCGUGAAGGAUUUACUGUCCCCUUCCAGCUUCUCUCCAUGGGGAAGAGGAACACAGGUGAUGGUACCUGUGGCACCCAAGACCUGGUCAGAGGGCAGAGACACGCAGCAAGGAUUUCCACUCCACCCCACCCCACGAGCAAAGGCUAGGAAAGCUUGCUGCUAAGGCCCCCGAUCACCAGACCAAGGCUCCCUAGGAGCCGUCCCUGCCCAGGCCUCUGCUGGGCACCACUCAUCGGGCUCUCCCCAGCGUAGCCGGAGGGAGAGCGCCCCAUCCCCAGGUAGGACAGCCAAGGCUCAGAGCUGCUGCUCAGGAUGCACAUCCUCUUCUUCCCCACUUAGGCAUGUCCCUACCCUUCAUCCCCCCUUUUCCUAUCUGUACAUGUAUGUGUACAUGUAUGAAAUUUCCUUGUUAUCUCACCCUCUCCACACAUCUCAAGGUCAAAGGACCACAUGCGGAAGGGGUAGGAGGGCACACCCCAUGAAAUGAAGUGGUGAUUCUUGAAUCUCUUCUCUCCAGGCUCCAAGGUGGGGGUGAGGUGACUUGGCCUCAGCAGUGGGAGGGUGAGGCUGCAGAAGGGCUAAGAGUCGUAUACAGGCUCUGAGGUCACCCAUGUCAGUAAUUGUCCCAUAUACCCUAUUAUCACCCUCCCAAUGUCUGAUGCUCCCAAGAUUCCACUGGGCAGCUAGCUGGCCCCAUAAUUCUGGGCCUUUGUUAUUUGUUUUAUUACUAGGGCAUCCCAGGAAGCUUUCUGAUGAUCCUCUGCCACGGGCCCCUCCUGGGAUCGAGCCCCUCCCAAGCCCCAUCCCAGCCCCUCCGGCCCCAGCCCACCCGCUUGCCUUGGUGCUCAGCCCCCCUUAGGGAGCAGGUUGGGGCAAGCUGGAGGCCCGGGCUGGAGGGGCAGUGUUGCUGUUCAUAGCUUUUGUUCCAUUGGCGUUGCUUUGUUGGAUUUAAUUUCAGUCUUCCUGAUUCUUCCCUUCUGUAAAGUGUACAUUACCAAGUUCCUUGUUUUUUUAUAUAUAUAUAUAAAUAUAUAUAUAUACAAACUGUACUCUUUUUGCCUUUGUACAUUCAGGCAAGAAGAGAAAAAUAAAUCUUUUUAAGAGACAAUCACAAAUCUGUGAGGGCUGCUGGUUAUUUCUCCUGGAGUUUGCUGCUGAGCUGCCACCUCCUCCCUCCCCACUUUCCCGUUCUCUCAGCUUUCCCCAUCUUCCUUGGUCCUGCUCCGUGCGCAUCCUCGGCUCCACCUUCCCUGGCUGAUGGCAGGCUGUUGAAUCCAGUGUCCAGACUACCUGCCCUGCAGUCCUUCCCUGCCCAGCAGUGCUUUCC